AUGGGCUCUUCCCUCAUCCUUUUUCACUCUACGGAAGAUAAAAAUUUAGUUUGGGCUGUAUUCGGUGAAGUCCAGAUCCUCAGAUCGCUCAUCCUGGGCGAAGAAGAACGUGGCCAGAGCCAGUACCAGGUGAUGUGUUUCGUGUUCCACUUCCCCAAGGACUCCUUCAUCUCCUCGGACGCCAUGUCGAAGCUGCGCCAGAAAAACCCGAGCGCCGUCCGGCUGCCCGAGGAGGACCUGCCGCGAGCGAACCACACGAUGGACUACUCGCUGGUGCUCGAGCGCUCUGGGGUCGUCUCCCCCCACAUAGCAGACGCGUGCGCGGAAGCUGGAAGCGCCACCUAUGCGGUACACGAGGACGUGGUCAAGUGGGCGGGCGCGCAAGGCAUCCCAGUGACGUCAUACAAGCCCGCUCUCAGAAAGUUCCCUACAUCGAACGACCUUCAGGUCCUUCCGUCGUGCACCGACUCGAAGAACAUGUGGCAACCCUGCCAGUGCCACCUGGAGCUAUGCAUCGGUUGGUACCCCUGCGGACUCAAGUACUGCAAGGGCAAGGGCCAAUCCAGGAACUCCGUGAUGAACUACAGGUGCGGCAUAAAAACGUGCAGGAUAUGCCAUCUGUUCUCCUACUACGUGGCCCAAAAACAGUUGUGUCUUUGGGACGAAUGA